GGGCAGACGUGUUUGGGAGACACGUGGGCAGCAGGAUGAGGAAGUGAGAAGGAAGCCCUGGCUGUGCAGCGGGGAGCGUUAGUGACACACAGAGAGAGGACCAUGAUCGAGGGCUGGAGCCCGGUUCUGCAGAGCCUCCUGGGCACAUUCUUCACCUGGGGGCUCACGGCCGCCGGGGCUGCUCUGGUUUUCAUCUUCUCGCACGGCCAGAAACAAAUACUGGAUGGAAGUCUUGGUUUUGCUGCUGGGGUUAUGCUAGCUGCUUCUUACUGGUCUCUGCUGGCACCAGCGAUUGAGAUGGCAGAGUCCUCUGGGACUUAUGGAGCGUUUUCCUUCCUUCCUGUGGGAGUGGGCUUCACGCUUGGAGCAACAUUUGUUUACUUGGCUGACCUAUUGCUGCCCUCGCUGGGUAUUGACGAUUCUCCACAAAUGGCAUUUGCGCUCAAACAGGAGGCGAAAGCAGUGAAGGGGAAGAAGGAAGAGGAAGUUGAAGAUGCCAAGAGUCAAGAUGAAGAGUUCGCCAUCCGGAUAGGUAGAGGUGGAUUAUCUGCAGAGAAAGUAGACAAUGGAGAAGUCUAUCAGAGAAAAAGGGCACAGCAGCCCAACUACUCAGAGGGUUUGACUGCAGUCAAUCAUCCAAGAUCCACUCCAGAACAAAGCAGUUGGAAGCGCAUCAUCUUACUCAUUCUUGCCAUCACUAUACACAACAUCCCAGAGGGUCUAGCGGUGGGAGUUGGCUUCGGCGCUAUCGGCAAGACUGCGUCCGCGACGUUUGAGAGUGCACGGAACCUAGCUAUUGGAAUUGGCCUGCAGAACUUCCCAGAAGGCCUGGCUGUCAGUUUGCCGUUGCGAGGUGCAGGGGUUUCCACAUGGAAAGCGUUCUGGUACGGUCAGUUAAGUGGUAUGGUUGAGCCAGUGGCAGGAAUAUUUGGUGCCUUUGCUGUAGUUCUGGCCGAGCCUCUCCUGCCCUAUGCCUUGGCUUUCGCUGCUGGUGCCAUGGUUUACGUUGUAAUCGAUGACAUUAUUCCUGAAGCUCAACUCAGUGGAAAUGGCAAAUUGGCAUCCUGGACUUCCAUCGCAGGAUUUGUCUUGAUGAUGUCGCUCGAUGUUGGCCUGAGCUAACCUCAAGAUUUAUUUUACUGAAGAAAUUAGUUUGGAAACAAUCAUUUUCCCAAUUUAGAAAAAAAAAUGCAUUUUUAUUUUAAAUCUAUUUGACAGAUCAUCAUACAAAAUUUUAAUUUCAAAGUUGCUGCAAUUAACUUGCUCUCACUGAGAAAUAAUAUUGACUCAGCCAGAUAUGUCGGCAGCUUCCAGUCUGGGGUUAUUGUUAACACUUGAUUGUCCAGCAUCGUUGAUCGUUUGACACUUGUUCUCAUUUGUGGGUUUACCCUAACUUUUGAAUUCCUAUAAUUUGCUUAGUGUGCGGUUUGUUUCGGUCUCCAGCUUUUGGUGAUUCAAUUCUUAUUACAUCAGUGAAAGUAUCACGACUAUACGUUCGUCAGCAUGAACCAAGGAGUCAGGUAACCUUGAGCAUCCACCAUUGCCCACUUUAUAGUCUAGUAAUUCCACAAUGAAUUAUUGUAAUUCAUUAAUGAUCACCCGUUGAAAGAUGCUUAUCAUGUGGUACUUCAGAACGUCAAAGGGACACUGUAUUAAGAGGAAAGCAGACAUGAUGACCUUUCGAAGAAUACUAC